AUGCAGUCGGAUGGGAUAAAGUUCAAGUUUAUGUCUACUGCCAUACUCCGAAUGGGAGUAUCUGCACGCACUUGCGUCGCUGAUACUUGUGAUUUCUUGUCUGCGGUGCUUAGUGCUUCACUGCAAGCGUUUUACACUAUAUACACUGCUGUUCUGCUCUUCCUUACCCAACGGCUUGCGAUAUCGAGAACGCUCGUACGCCGCGUGAAACUGACGGCUGUUCAUGACAUCUCUGGCGCAUGGGCGGGCCUUGGCUCUGCACUCACUAGCGUCUGGCGACAAACUGACAUCUGCGCCGCACGGUGGACAACCUCUGCUGUGGCAAUCUACCUUGCGAGCAUAACCGUGCUGCAUGUCACCUCUUCCACUCUCCUACAAUUUCAAACCUCGGAGUCACUUACCAAUAUGGGUAGGAGUGCCUCGGUGCCUACAACACUAGGAUGGCCAGACGAUUCAUCGUACGGCAAUUUCACAAACUUGGGACCCAUUGCUGCAUCCCUACCAGUCAUCAAUCAUUUGACUGGACUGGCGUCUGCAGGAUUAUCAAACACGACACUCUACGACACCCUUAUACUCUCCGGCAGGCUUACAUCCUACGACAACCUUUCAAAUGGUCCAGUGAUAGGAACUUCGAUUGUGAAUGCGACAACAAUACAUAUAAUUCCAUGGACGGAAUAUGAAGAUUCUCAUGGUGACUCGGAAGACUCGGAGCUCGAUGGUAUCUAUAUUAUGGUCUCCACAUUAUUGGGGAUCGACCCUUCAGUACAAGAUGAGGUCGCCGUAAACAUGACUUGGGCUAUCCCCGACAUCGUCACUCCAUACGUCAUCCAGGUCUAUUUUGUAUAUUGCUCGUUGUCGGCGAACACUUCACAUGAGGAGAUCGAUGUGCAAACCAACAGUCUACUGAGUCCCACGUCCACAUCGCAGCCAUCCAUGCAAUGGGAAAUGUACUCAGACUAUCAACUUGAAUUAGGGCGGUCGAACACUAGUGGUUGGAAAACACAAAUCAGCAAGGCUUUGGCUACGAACUACAGCAGCGAGAUGGUGUUUGAAGGCUUGAAUCUCGCCGAGGAAUAUAUACAAUUCCGAGCCCACGGUGCUCUUCCGAUUUCUAAUUUCACUUUGAGACCGGAUGAACUAGAAUUUGCGGUUGCGAAAGCAGCUGCACAACUCAUCUGGCUAGCCAAUGGAGGAAUUGACCCUGGCAAUGGGUUGGCUUAUGCCACCCUAGUAGCCGCAUUGUCCACAACUACCCUACAACUCAAUAUCAACAUUCUUCCGUUGGCUUUCGCGGCCUCUGCGUCGGUGAUCAUGUUGGGACUGGCUUUACAUAUGACCCGAGCAUUCGAUGCAUCGCACGACAAACAGGCCCGGGCUGCUAUCCCAAACAUAGGUGUACUGCAACUCUUGUGGUUGGGUCGUCGUUCAACCUCUAUUAAUGAAGUCCUGGAAGAAGUGCAACAUCCGACAGAAGCCAAUCUGCGUCGAGCAGGCAUGAUAGAUGUCUGUUUUUCCAAUAUAAUACCCGACGAAGGAGAGGUAGAGAGUUCAACUGCCACCGAUAGUCUCACUGGUGAUGUCGACCACCGUCGUGAUGAUGAGGAAUGA